AUGACCCAGCAAGACUAUGAGACAUUCAAGCUCGGAGACUGGGAGCUCCAAAGCGGAGAGACGCUCGUCAACGCCCAUCUGGCAUACAAGACCUUCGGCGACCCCAGAUCACCUGCAAUCGUCUACCCCACGUGGUUUUCAGGCUUGAUCUCGGACAAUCUCUGGCUGAUCGGAGAAGACAAGACGCUCAGCCCCAAAGACUAUUUCAUCAUCAUCCCAGCGCUCUUCGGCAACAGCCAGUCAACGUCCCCGACCAACUAUGGCAUUGCCGGUCCCUUCCCCAAAUGCUCUUUCUACGACAACGUCCGUGCCCAGUAUACCCUUGUCACGCAGCACCUGGGGAUCAAGCAUCUCCGCGCCGUCGUCGGAUGGUCGAUGGGCGCGGCGCAGAGCUACCAGUGGGCCACGCAGUAUCCCGAUUUCAUGGAUCUAGUGGUGCCGUUCUGUGGAUCAGCUAGAACGUCCCUUCACAACCAGGUUUUCCUGGAGGGGGUCAAAAGUGCCCUGUUGGCUGCUAAACAGAUUCCCUCUGCGGGUUCGGGUGAUGUCGGUCUCCUUAGAGACGGCCAGACAGAGUUGGGCGCUUGGAGCAUAAAAGAGAGAGAGAUUGGACUCAAGGCUUUUGGUCGAGGAUAUGCAGGAUGGGGUUUCAGCCAAACUUUCUACCGAGAAAGGCUCUAUGAGACCGUAUUGGGCUUCAAAGAUCUAGAAGACUUUAUGCAGAACUUCUGGGAGAAGUGGGCCUUGUCGAAAGAUCCCGAUAACCUCUUGGUGAUGCUGCGAACCUGGCAGAAUGGAAACGUAGCGAACCAAACGCCAUAUGACGGCAAUUUCGAGAAAGCCAUGGCGUCCAUCAAAGCGAAAACCCUGGUGCUUCCCGCGAAGACUGACCUUUACUUCCCACCCGAAGAUUCAGAGUACGAGGUCGCAUGUAUGCAGCCGGGUAUUGGCACACUCCGUGUCAUUCCCUCCAUCUGGGGCCAUUGGGCCGGUGGCCCUGGAGAUAGUAAAGAGGACGUCAAGUGGAUCGAUGGACAGUUGGCGGACUUUUUGAGGUAA